UUUUUAUAACUGUGUGUUGACUGAAAAUGAGCUUCUAUUUGAUUAUAGCUAUGGUAUCCAUGGUUACCAUGAGCCAUGGUGCACCACAACUUCAGCUAGGCCUUGGAAAUUCUAUGAUGCCGGAGGUUCAUGCAACAGCCCUAAUCCCAAUGCUAACCGGCACCAAUGUUCCUGAAUCAGAAGAAGAAAUCGAUGCUCCAAUCUAUGAUCAACGCGAAGUCGAGAAGAUCCGUGGAAUUGCCCAUAACAUUGCCGAAAACGCGAAAAAUCCGGAAAAACUGAUGCCAGACUUCAUGGCCGCCAAUCCGGGGAUCAUGUCCACCAUGGAGUCGUUGAAGCUGUCAGAUUUCGGAAAAACCAGCACAGUGGUGCCGUCGAUUUCCACGUCACCGGGUCCGAUUUUCACGUUGGCAAAUGGGAUUCCAGCUGUUGGCACUCCUGGAACCCAAUCCUCAACUACUGUUAAGGCUUAACUGAUUAUGUGUGAUAAUAAAGACAAUCUCUGUUGA